AUGUCAAAGUUAAGUGCUGUUAACUAUGCCUCUAAGUUGCAACCAGCAAAACAGGUCUUAAUUGUCUUCCAUGGUUUAGGUGAUACAGGUAAUGGAUGGUCAUUUUUAGCAGAAUAUUUGCAAAGAGAUCCAGCAUUUUCUCAUACAAAGUUUGUCUUUCCUAAUGCACCAGUGAUGCCAAUUACUGCAAAUGGUGGUAUGUCUAUGCCAGGUUGGUUUGAUAUCCUUGAAUGGAAUCUUUCUUCUUCAAAUGUGGAUUCUACAGGUUUCUUAAAAUCUUUAAAGCUUGUUGAAUCUUUUGUUAAACAAGAAGUUGAUGCAGGUAUGGAUCCCUCUCAAAUUAUCGUCGGUGGAUUCUCACAAGGUGCAGCUUUAUCAUUAGCCUCAUCGGUUACGUUACCAUAUAAGAUUGGUGGAUUUGUCUCAUUAUCUGGCUUUUGCAUAAUUCCAAGUAUUUUAUUAAAUAUGAAGAAUGACAAGAACCUUUCUACACCAAUAUUUCACGGCCAUGGUGAUAUGGAUCCUAUUGUUCCAUUCCCUGUAGGUAAAAUGUCAAGUGAAUUCUUUACUGAAAAGUGUGGCAUGCAAAACUAUUCUUUCAAUACAUAUCGCGGUUUAGAGCAUUCGACUUCUUUAGAGGAGAUAAAUGAAUUGGUCACUUUCAUUAAAAAGACAUGGAAUAUAUAA